CGUCGGAGGGCAGCCAGGCGAGGGGGACCAUGCAGCGCCGGGGCUUGGGGCUGUGCUUGCUGCUGCUGCUGGGGCUGGCGGGGGGCUACUUCCCUGAGGAGCGCUGGGUGCCCGAGUCGCCGCUGCGGCCCCCGCGGGUCCUCCUGGCGCUGCUGGCCCGCAACGCGGAGCACUCCCUGCCGGCGGCGCUGGGCUGCAUCGAGCGCCUGCGCCACCCCAAGGACCGCAUCGCCCUCUGGGUGGCAACUGACCACAAUGUGGACAACACAACAGCUGUGCUUCGGGAAUGGCUGGUCAACGUUCAAAGCAUGUACCACUCGGUGGAAUGGCGGCCCAUGGAGCAGCCCAGGUCUUACCCAGACGAAGACGGCCCCAAGCACUGGUCAGAUUCCCGUUAUGAACACAUUAUGAAGCUUCGUCAAGCGGCUUUGCAGUCUGCCCGGGACAUUUGGGCUGAUUACAUCCUGUUUGUGGAUGCGGAUAACCUCCUGACAAACCCCGACACCUUGGGUCUUAUGAUAGCCGAAAACAAGACUGUGGUGGCACCGAUGAUGGAUUCGCGGGCAGCUUAUUCAAACUUCUGGUGCGGGAUGACUUCGCAGGGCUACUACAAACGCACCCCCGCUUACAUCCCCCUCAGGAAACGCGACCGCCGGGGUUGCUUCGCUGUCCCCAUGGUGCACUCGACCUUUCUCAUCGACCUGCGGAAGGAGGCCUCCCAGAACCUCGCCUUCUACCCGCCUCACCCGGACUACACGUGGGCGUUCGAUGACAUCAUUGUCUUUGCCUUCGCCUGCAGGCAGGCGGAGGUCCAGAUGUACGUGUGCAACAAAGAAGAGUAUGGCUCCCUGCCUGUGCCGCUGCGAUCCCACAGCACCUUGCGUGACGAGGUAGAGAGCUUCAUGCAUGUGCAGCUGGAAAUCAUGGUUAAGAACCCUCCAGUGGAACCCUCCCGGUAUCUUUCUGUGCCUCCCAAAGUCCCAGACAAGAUGGGCUUUGAUGAGGUCUUCAUGAUCAACCUGAAGCGCCGGACGGAUCGCCGGGAGCGGAUGCUGUGGGCCUUGUAUGAGCAGCAGAUUGACUGCAAGAUCAUCGAGGCUGUGGACGGGAAAGCCAUGAAUACCAGCCAGGUGGAGGCCAUGGGCAUCAGCAUGCUGCCAGGUUACAAGGACCCGUACCAUGGGCGUCCCCUCACCAAGGGGGAAUUGGGUUGCUUCCUGAGCCACUAUAAGAUUUGGCAAGAGAUUGUGGAGAGGGGUCUGGAGAAGUCGCUGGUGUUUGAGGAUGACCUGCGUUUCGAGAUCUUCUUCAAAAGGCGCCUGAUGAAUCUCAUGUAUGACCUAGAGGAGGAGGGCCUGGACUGGGAUUUGAUCUACAUUGGCCGGAAGCGCAUGCAGGUGGAGCAUCCCGAGAAAGCUGUGCCCCACAUCCGCAACCUGGUGGAAGCAGAUUACUCCUAUUGGACGCUGGCCUAUGUCAUCUCCCUGCAGGGAACCCGGAAACUAUUGGACGCCAAGCCUCUCUCCAAGAUGUUACCUGUGGACGAGUUCCUGCCCGUCAUGUUUGACAAACACCCUGUCACUGAGUACAUGGAGCAUUUUGAGAACCGGAACUUGCUGGCCUUCUCGGUGGAGCCCCUCUUGGUCUACCCGACACAUUACACGGGGGACGAUGGGUACAUCAGCGACACGGAGACCUCUGUGGUGUGGAACAACGAGAACGUCAAGACAGACUGGGACCGGGCCAAGUCCCAGAAGAUGAAGGAGCAGCAGGAACUGAGGAAGGAGGCCAAGAACUCUGAUGUGCUCCAGUCCCCUCUCGACAGCACGGCCCGCGAUGAACUAUGACCCUGCUGGGGCACAGAGGAAGAGACUGAGGGGAGAGGCACGGUGUAAAGAAAAGAGCGUUCCCCUUCCCAAAGAUUAUGGGAUUGUUCUUGGAUGACAACUGUUGCGGGACUCCAGCGUAUGCCGCGUCUUCCAUCAUAAUGUGGGGCAUCACGUAACGGGUGACCUCAGGUACCUGAGGCACGCCAAAAUCUUCUAUUUGAGGGUGUGGGGACGGAACUCCGUGUGGUUUGCUCAGGCGUUACCACUACCCUUCCCCCAAACUCCUACCUUCCUUUUUUGUUUGGAAAGCAGUGCGGGUACAAUCUUAACAUAUCCAUUUGUGCAAGAGGAGUUUUAUUCUCUGAGUAAUCGGUACCCUCUGGGGAACCCCACACCUGCUGGGGGUGAGAGAGGGGCUGAGACAUAGUCUCGACCAGCAGGUUCGGCACCCUUGUGCCCUGUGUCAGACCGAAAUUCUCUCUUUUGGUGUACGUUUGAGACCUUUGUGAUUAUUUUUAUAUAAAACUGUGACAGUGACAA